AUGCAGACUGCUUCUACAAACAUUUGUGAAAGAAUGGGUCGCUCUCAGGAGCUCAGUGACUCCAAGUGUGGUACCGUGAUAGGUUGCCACCUGUGCAAUAAGUCCAUCCGUGACAUUUCCUGGCUACUAAAUAUUUCACGGUCAACUAUUAGUGGGAUUAUAACAAAGUGGAAGCAACUGGAAACAACAGCAACUUAGCCACCAAGUGAGCGGGGUCAGAGCAUGUUAAAUCGCACAGUGUGCAGAAGUUGCCAACUGUCUGCAGAGUCAAUAGCUAAAGACCUCCAAACUUCAUGUGGCCUUCAGAUUAGCACAACAACAGUGCGUAGAGAGCUUCAUGGAAGCUGCAUCCAAGCCUUA